GUCAUUAUGCAUAACAUGCUGCGACAUGACAGGAAUGGUCCUGGUCCCUCUCUGCUUCCAAACAGGUCUCAAAAAAGGCUGGAUGUGAUGGACACACCGUGUCACCAGAUCUCAUUUAAACCACGGAGGAGCCGCCAGUGGAGGGAUUUCAUUACUGCCCCCUGUGUGUCUAUGCAUUGUCACCGUACCAGGGAGCAGUGGAACAGCAUCACCUUUUCUGGCAGAGAUUUCAGCUUUUUAUAAUCCAGCCAUGAAAAUGAAAAACUUGUACGCAAAUAUGAAUGCGACACGCCGUGAGAUGCUGAUUCACGAUAAGCAUGCCAUAAAGAGUUUCUGGGAACGGAAAAUUGAAAGUCACAUUCAACUAGCCAAGAAAGAAGAAGUGAGAGUGAAGAAGAGUGCCUUAAAAAAGCUCAGAAAUGAAUGGGUAGAGAGACUGGAAAACAGGACACGGCAGCUGCAGAACUAUAAUGAGGAAACAAACAUCUCUGCUUUCAACAGGAGCAUCCGUUAAAAAAAAAAAAAAUGGAAUGAACAGUUCCGUCAGUUGCCUAAUUUAAUUGCCAGUUAGAUGUUUCGCAUUCCAGCCGAUUAUUCCAUGAUGUUCCGUGUUAGCCCAGGGUGUGACUUCAGCACUUGUGCAUUCACUUUCCUAAUUAAGACAUAAUCCUAAUGUGUUUUUUUUGCUGAAAGGUGAGCCGUGUAGGAUUUCAGAGAUAGUUUUUGUUAGGCUAGGCAAAGUUUUUAGCACUUUGACUAAUUGGGAUGCUAUAUCUGGCCCCCAUGAGUUGCUGUGGAGCACUUGGCAGCUUAUAUUAAUUGAAAAAGACAUGAAAGUCUUAGAUCGCAAGAAAGUCUGGUAAGAGCUAAAGACAGAUUAUGGACAGGAUGAAGGGUGCAGGGAGCCUGAAAGGGACACUUGGAGUAUCCAUGCAUGUUAAAAGUGGACACACUGUUCUUAUUUUCAUUAUUCAGUUCAAUUUAUUCUUGAAUAGCACUCUUCACUGAGUACAUCCUUUCAGUGAUUGCACUAAUUUACAGCUAUAACAUAAUAAAAGUACACUACAUUACACUAGCACAAUUUAUCACAUGUAUCAGUGGUUAAACUCAAAAAUCUGUAGCAUUAAAAUAAAACGGUUUAGUUUGCUCAUUUCAGACAGGUUAUCCGAUGUACAUUGACAUUUUAAAUUUGAUAAGCAUGAAAACAACUAUUUUUAUUCAUCAUCCAUAUACAUCCAUAAACUCACUUCCAAGUUUAAGGACAUGGGGACCUGAGCCAAAAGCAGACCCCCAGUCACAAGGCAGAAACCAGUGCUGCACCAACAAACCAUUCUGUAUAUCUCUAGGAUGUGGUUCAUACGGGAGCACAAGGAAAAAGUCCACGUCAGCAUCUGAAGAUCAUGAAAACUCCUCACACACAGUCUAGGGCUUUACCCUAAGACCCCAGAGUCACAAGGCAACAACACCAGCUACUGUGUCACUUCACUUACCAACAAAGCAUUUUCCUUUAAAUGCAAGCAAACUAAAUGAAAAUAUUGAUACCAAGCCUGAUCUUUAUUUUGAGCAUUACUUUCCUGAUGAACACCCAUGGCUUACAUCUUUGAAGCAGGAACCAACUAUCCUAAAAUCUGAAUGGAAAUGCUAGAAAUUCAGGGUAGCACAGUGUCACAGUGGGGAGCAAGUGCCCAGACCCCAAACCAGGCACCCUAAUGCUCUCCCAUAUUUGUGCAGGCCAAAGAACACCCCCCAUCGCCCCAUCCUUACCACACAUACCAGGUCAACCAGCAACAGCAAAUGGACAGUGCAAAUGGGCCCUGCAACUGGAAACCUGUUCAGGACUGCCCAGCACAACCAGGACAGGCUUAUGAACCUGCAAGCUUAUUACCCUACUAGGCAUUUGGCCUAUGCCACAGUGAGAGAGCAAUGAGAUUUAAACUUGUAAACUUGGGUCCCGGAGACCACACAGAACCAACAUAUUAUCUAAUAAGUUCCUUCAAACCCAGUGUGAACUGUGCCAAAUGUCAAAGGUUUUAUCUAGCCAAGCAUUUUUAAAACAAAAAGUGUUUCCCUGGCAAGGAGCUAUACAGCAAUGAAUAGAAAAUCACACAACUGAGAAGAAUGGAAGAAACAAAAACCAUAUAUGACAGCAUUCCUGGAGAAUAUGAACUUCUGAUAGUUCCACAGUCAACAUAAAUGGCAAAGACACAUUUUUGAUGUUCGAGGCCUACCAAUUCAUGCAGGAACAGCAAUGUUUAGUAGGCUCACAUGCCAAUGCGUUUUUCAUUUCAACUGUGUAUUUAAUCAUGCAUCAAGUAAGAUAAUAUCCUUGAAUCUGGUUGAUGAUUCUGAAUGUGCCAUGCCCCUGACAUAAUGGUUAUGCAUGCAACUAUACUGAGGAAGGUAGCAACACAGGCUGAAUAACAUGAAAGGAGAUAAGCCCAGGGUUAUUGUGGUGUGAUACAAGUGAGGCAAAAGUAGAAUAAGGAUUGGCUGCUAUUGCAGAGCUGCAUCCCUAGGCACACAAUUAUAUUGCCUUAACUAAUAAUAAACCCAGUGUUUAGAUCUUUAAA